GAAGGGCUUCCAUCCCAUCAGCGGCGCGCGCAUUUACAACUUCGAAGAGGGUGAGGUCCAACGGUACCUCCUUUCCAGCAUCGCCUUCUGGAUGGAGCAGUUCGGAAUAGACGGCUUCAGGUUCUUGGAAGUUUCUUCCAUGAUCUAUGCUGAUCGCGGCAGGUGGGUGCCUGCAGAUCCGGCCGAGUUGGAGGAGUAUUUGUCCACGGAUGACAAGACGGACAAGGCUGGCGUGCAAUACCUCAUGCAAGCCAAUUCUCUGAUUCACCAGUUGGAGAAGCACGCCCGAACCGUGGCAGAG